AUGCAUGUCGAGCGUGGCCCCGAAGCGAGCGAUGAUCUCGCUCUGGCUAGACUGGGAAAGAAACAGGUGUUGAAGCGUCGGUUCAACUUCAUGGCGAUUGUUGGUUUCGCGAUGGCUGAGCUGAUCACCUGGGAGACCGUUCUUACCCUGUUCUCCCAGUCAUUCGAUAAUGGUGGCCCCGCGGGCGCAUUCUACGGCUAUAUCAUCGCGUGUUUGUCUACGUUAUCAACGUAUACUGUCAUCGCUGAACUGGCCUCCAUGGCGCCCAUUGCCGGAGGGCAGUACUACUGGGUCUACAUGCUCGCCCCAAUGCGCUGGAAGAAAGUCUGCAGCUACUUGAUUGGUUGGUUGACCUCCCUUGCAUGGAUCGCCACGAUCGCGACGGAGACGAUCUUCCUCGGCACGAUGAUCGAGGGUCUCAUCACUUUGAACAACCCGGAUUUUGCCCAGCAGCGCUGGCAGAAUACCCUACUGGCUUGGGCCAGCGUCGCAUGUACCUUCUUUAUCAACGUGGUGGUGCCUAACAUUCUGCCGCGUUUUGAGAUCUUCAUGUUGGUCCUGCAUUUGGCAGGAUUCAUCGCGAUCACAGCUGUGCUCCUGGCCAUGUCCCCCAAGAAAUCGGCGGACUUCGUCUUCCACACGGCGUUGAAUGAAGGCAACUGGCCGACUCAAGGCAUCUCAUACUGUGUUGGCUUCAUUGGCAAUAUUGCUACUUUUGUCGGCGCCGACGCGAGUGUCCAUAUGGCUGAAGAAGUCGCCAAUGCCGCAGUGGUGAUCCCUCAAGCCAUCAUUGCGGGUAUGUCUAUCAACAGCGCCCUCGGAUUCUCGAUGAUGCUCACGGUCUUGUUCUGCCUGGGCGAUGUCGAGUCUGUGUUGAACACUGCCACAGGGUUCCCUUUCAUUCAAAUCUUCUACGACGUCACCCACUCGUACGCGGGCGCGUCGGUCAUGACUGCCCUUAUCAUGGUACUCACUAUGGCCUGUUCCACCGGUAUCACGGCCACCGCAUCUCGUAUGACCUGGUCUUUUGCUCGAGACCAGGGCUUGCCCUUCUCCCACUAUUUGAAGAGCGUGAACCAUCGUACCAAAGUCCCCAUCGUAUCUGUCACCGUAGUUUGCGGACUCGCAUGUGCCCUGACACUCAUCUACAUUGGAUCUACUACCGCCUUCAACGAUGUCAUCUCCCUUACCGUGACUGGAUUUUACAGCACUUAUUUCCUCCCAAGCGCCUUCCUUCUCUACCAUCGCAUCAAAGGAAAUGUCCUGCCCCACGGUACCAUGAUGGAUGGCCUCCCGGAUGCUGCCGCUAGCACCACUGCCAACGCUACGGAGAAAGCUGCUACCCCUGCGCGCCCCAAGAGCCCAGUUGACAAGGAGUUCUCUAGCCCAGGUCCUUCCCAGAGCCCCGAACGCGACAUGCCCGAGAAGAAAGGCACCCAGCCUACUGAGUAUGACAUCGCCCAGGCACCUCUGAUCUGGGGCCCAUGGAAGGUCCCCGGUAUCCUCGGUACUAUUAACAAUGCGUACGCUUGCGUUUAUAUGCUAUUCGUCAUCUUCUGGAGUGUGUGGCCUCCCGAGACCCCAGUGGAUUAUACGACCAUGAACUACAGUAUUGUCGUCACUGCCGGUGUGCUGAUUUUAAGCGGUAUCUGGUACUUUGUCCGUGCUAGGAAAGAAUACUCGGGUCCCUUGAUCGACGAGGAGGUUGCUGAAAUUAUGCACCUUGCCCCUGCCGCGAUUGCUGCGACAGUCCCAAAGACUGAAUAA